UAGUCUUUUAAGGUACCAGAAGGCAGGUAAACUCACCAGCCAGCAGUCAUGGAAAAUCAGAGCUCUACCAGCGUAGAUGUUAAUGACACCAGUGUCUUUGAGAUUCCAGACUAUGAGGAAGACAAAGGGGAUCAUCUUUACAAUCAUGUCCCUGAAGAUCCAGCUUCUCCUUCUUCUGCCACUACUGACCCAGAGAUGAUGGACUGUAGUCAGGAGAGCCCAGAAAACAGCCGCAGUAAUUCUGUGGCUUCUCAGCAUGAGGCUGAUGGGGAGAUUGGAUCUUCCUCUGAACACAGCACUGAAGAUGACCACCCGUACCAGGGGAUGGAUCAGAUGAGUCAAAUGCAGGAAGAUAAACAUGUGGAGGACAGAACAUAUGAGAACAACAUAUUUUGUCCUCCAGGCUUCCAGUUGCGUCGGAGCCAGAGCACUUCUUCCAACUCUCCAACUUCCCUCAAGUUCCCCCAUAGCAGUAACUUGGGAGAAACUGACAACUUUGAGGAAGAUUAUGAGAUUUUCUUGUUUGUAAAGGCUGGUAUAGAUGGAGAAAGCAUUGGGAACUGCCCGUUCUCCCAGCGUCUCUUCAUGAUCCUCUGGCUCAAAGGAGUUGUGUUCAACGUCACCACUGUUGACCUGAAAAGAAAGCCAGCUGAUCUACACAAUCUGGCUCCUGGGACCCACCCACCUUUCUUGACUUUUAAUGGAGAAGUCAAGACAGAUGUUAACAAGAUUGAGGAAUUCUUGGAAGAGACUCUUGCACCUCCAAAAUAUCCCAAGCUGGCUGCUAAGCACCGGGAAUCAAACACUGCUGGAAUCGAUAUCUUCUCCAAAUUUUCUGCAUACAUCAAAAACACCAAGCAACAGGAUAAUGCUGCCCUUGAAAAAGGUUUGGUGAAGGCUCUGAAGAAGCUGGAUGACUAUCUGAGAACCCCACUGCCAGAGGAGAUAGAUGCAGACAGCACUGAAGAGGAGAAGGUGUCUAAACGCAAGUUUCUGGAUGGCGAUGACCUGACCCUUGCUGACUGCAACCUUCUGCCCAAGCUCCAUGUUGUCAAGAUUGUUGCAAAGAAAUACCGCAACUUUGAGUUCCCAACAGAGAUGACAGGCCUUUGGCGGUACCUGAAGAAUGCAUAUGCCAGGGAUGAAUUCACCAACACCUGUGCAGCAGACAAAGAAAUUGAGCAAGCCUAUGCAGAUGUGGCCAAGCGGCUCAGCAAGUCCUAACUGACCCCAGCAGCGGCUCAGCAUCCCUGGGGGAUUCCCGUUUUACAGACACUUCUCCUUGUUGCCUUAAGAUAUAUUUUAUCAUUAUGCUAUCUGGUUGGCAUCCCUAUGACUUCACCUGUUCAAGUGUAUUGGUCAGGAAAAAUCUGCCUCUCACUGGGGAAAGGAGAAGGCAGCUCUAGUGUGGGGGGUGGAGACCCUUUGAAAUCUGAACCUACGAUCUGGCACAACUAGUAUUACUCAUAAUCAGUAUUGGAAAUGAGUCCACUUUAUUAGUUCCUUGUUUCAUGUUGGGGUAUAUCAGCACCUGUUUUCUUUGGAGUUUUGAAAAUAUGAUAUUAGCUGAAAUACCAAGCAAGUCAGCUAGGGACACGUAGAACUGGUUCUUCUGCAGGCUAUUUCAAGGAUGCUUUUUUCCAGUGCUAUUGAAAUUCUUGAGGCAGGAACAAAAUAUGAGAGAGGGAAAAAAAAAAAGAGUCUGACCCUAAAGGAGUAAUGCUCUUAGCAGUUAUAUUAAAAAAAAAAAAAACUCUGAAUGCAUUUUUUGUCUUAGCAGGCCCAAGAGUUUAUAGGGUAUUUAUUUUUAACUUGGCGCAAGAGGGGGAAGCCUGAGUGAAUAUGUCAGACUUGCAGAUGCUACUUUGCAUAAAAUUUGCAUGAUGCUUCUGGAUCCAAAAGUUUAAAGUAAAAGAGCAAUUGAGCAGGCAGCCCUUGGAAGAGUGGUGCUAAUGCCAAAAUACCCAGUGGAUCUGCUAGUUGGUAGAGACAGCACUAACAGGGGCAGCAUAUUGAGUCAAGCCCAUAGCCAGAAUUGGCACAGCUAACCAAACCACGUAGGAUAUCAUCGUCUUGACUGUAUGGCUGCCAGUUCCUUUAUACUGCUAUCUUGGGAAACGUGGAUAGGCAGGAGCAAGCUGUUGCUGCAUACGAAUUCCAGACAGGGGAAGCACUUUCCUCGCUUUGGGCUCCAGAUGGGGUCACCUUCAAGCGCUCAUCAUCUUACCAGGGAGCUGUACACUCUGAUAGCCUCAAAGAGGGCAGGCUGAAGCAGAGAGGAGGCACAUUUCCAGCCAGAAAGUUGGCAAGCACACUAGCAGGAAGCCACGCAUGAUGCCUUAGUCCCACUUCUCCAAGGUUCACCUGUGCAGGUUAAAUGAUUCUGGAUUGGUUUCUGUAAGCUGAUUAUUUUGUUCUGUCUGGAGCAUCUGCCUGAAAUGAUCUGCUUUGGAGUAGUGAUUAUUUGCACAUUACUGUAGCAAAUCCAGAAUGACAGCUCUUUCGCAUAAAACUCUCAUGCCCUAAUAUGUAUCAUAGUGUACAUGGCUCUCAGUUUUCAGUUUGGGAACAUUUAUGAUUGCUUUCAAAGAUGAAAUAAAGCUGAGCUCUCACCUGGUGUGGCUCUCCUUCUGAUCAGAGCUGUAGAGAGCUGUGCUGGUUUGAGGGGACCCGCAAACUGGUGAGCUGAGACCAUGGGGAAACCUUACAAGAAACCUGUUUGCAGCCAGAGAGCCAGAGGACUGAAGAGAGCACAUAAAGCCAGCCUCUGCUGUGUGACAGCGGUGAUGAUCUGAAGCCAUCCCAUUGCUUUGGUGAGACGACUCCACUUUUCACUCUAACCCAGCUGGGAGCAGAGUGCUGCUUGUUGACUAUGAAGAUAGUUUGCGGCUGACUAUUGUUUUGCAUGCAGUGAUCAAUUUGUUCUGAACUUUCCAAAACCUCCGGAAAAAAUCCAUGAACUCCCAAGUCUUCCCCUAGAAUGGGACAUUGUAAAAGCGGCAAGACUGGAGGGCAAAGGCUUGCACUCUUUCAAAUAUUGCUGAGAAAUCAGCUGGCUCAGAGAACACUAACAGCAGCCAGAAAAAUCUAAUGAGAUUAGAAGUGUCUGCACAAGCACAUGUGGCUCGUUAAAAACAUUUCUUCAUGAGUUUGGAAUUAUUUGUGAUUUUUUUUUUUUUUUUAAAUUAAGGCAAUUAUUUAUUUAUUUAUUUUAAUCCACUUGGUCCUUUCCGUCUGUCUUUUGGUUUUUGUUUUCACUCAGCACACUGGGCAAGAUGGCUCUGUCAGUUUAGCAGAGUGCUAUUAGCAGUGCUGUGCAAAUUUUGUUUCAGGUGAAAAGUCUGCUGUGUGAUUGAUGGUCACUGGGAUUUUUUCACUGUCAGUAUGAUUUGGCAAGGAGCAUGCCGAACAAAAUCUACAUUUUUCCUCAGUUGUCAUUCUCCAGAUUUGCACUUCAGUUAGUGGCGUUGCUUAAUCACAGUGGUGGUGAUCUUUGAAUGAAGAUGCAGAGGCAGACACGGCUUCUUGCUCUAUGCUCACUGCAUUUAGCGCCCUAACGAAGAUUGUACAAACAUGCAGCAGAGGCAGUCAGGAUAAAUGAACCAGUUCAGGGGCUGUCCUGAUUUCUUCUGUCUCCGGAUCUUCACCAGUUUGCUGAAUCCUGUUCUGAAAUGCUCGAAUCUGUCUUACUUCAGCUUUGCUAGAAGAGGGCCAAAUCACAAUCAGUUGAUCUCAGCAACCUCAAAUUACAUCUGUUUUUCUAGAACGUCGUUUAAAAAUGGUUCGGCUUAUACCAAAGAGAAAAUGAGCUGUUGGCACAAUGAGAUUUUUGUAAGAUGGUUUGCCUUAAAAUAUCUUAAAAUCUUUUUUGGAUUUCAUUAUAAAACUGAAAAUCCCCUAACUACCUUCCUUUCAAUCACUAAUAUAAAACCAAAAUAUUUUCACUUUUCUAGCAACACCACACACACAAAAAGUCUGGACAAAUGUAUUGAUGGAUAUGAGAAGGUAAAAAUUAAACUCGUUUCCCAUCA